AUAAAAUGAAAGCAGGUUGAAGACAGACAUAGAAAAUUAAUAUAGAACAGAAUGAUUGCUUGUUCUGGACAGUACUCUGCAAUCAGUGUUCUAAUGUUAUUAUCAUGAUCUUACUAAACAGAAGAUUGACCGCUGGAAAUACUGGCGCUGACCCAAUUUAACGGCCGUUUGCCAAAAGCUACAGUCAGUGUCAGCCGUUUCAGCGUCCCGCCUACCUAAGACCCAUUUUUACACCUUCAUCGAUCUGUGAUUGACAGGAGAGAAAGAAGAAUGAAGACAGAAUGAAUGGUGCCUACUAGUCAACAAGCAUCACUGGCGAGCGAGUCAGAGCGCAUGCGCAGUGCUUACGCUCUGGAUGCUGCUCAAUAUAGAAAAGCAACCUGCCUGUUCGCCAAGGUAACGUUUCAAAGCAGAAGAAAUGCCUCGAAAUAGUGCAUCCGACAUGCAAGAUGGAAUGUGUAUUGCCAGCCAAAUGACAAAAUGUGCGGACGCCGAUGCUUCUCCGCGCUCCGAUGGUUUCAUCUUCGGUCCAAAAUGCCACUUGCUUAACUGACAUACGAGGAUAGAGACAUACAUAGUCAUUGAUAAAGGAAAAUCAAGCGAAUCUACAAAUAUGAACGGUACGCUGCUUAAAAAGCGAAGGCUGGACUGUGUGUAUGCGCUGCUGUUGUGGCUCCAUCACGCUGUGUGGAUGUGCUGUUCAUCGGCCGAAGACCAUCAUUUCAGCGUUGAGGUGUGGUUACAGAGGUAUGGCUACCUCCACAAGACACAACCUAACAUGGCUGUCCUGCGAUCAGCCCAAGCCAUGCAUUCCGCUAUUGCUGCCAUGCAGCACAAGUAUGGACUAAACAUCACAGGGAGCCUAGACAAGGAGACAAUAGACUGGAUGAAGAAACCCAGAUGUGGGGUACCAGACCUGCUUGGGGGCAUGUCUGGAUCCCGCAGGAAGAAGCGCUAUGCACUAACUGGACAGAAGUGGCAACGCACACACAUCACAUACAGCAUUAAAAAUGUCACUCCUAAAGUGGGAGCACGAGAAACGCAUGAGGCCAUUCGCAGGGCGUUUGACGUAUGGCAAGGUGUCACGCCGCUACGCUUUGAGGCCGUGCCCUACAGCGCUCUGGAGAGCGGCAAACGUGACGUCGACAUCACCAUCAUCUUCGCCUCUGGUUUCCAUGGUGACAGCUCUCCUUUUGAUGGAGAAGGAGGCUUCCUGGCACAUGCUUAUUUUCCAGGGCCGGGCAUAGGGGGUGACACGCACUUUGACUCAGAUGAACCCUGGACACUGGGCAACCCAAACCAUGAUGGUGAGAGAACGGCAGGUAAUGACCUGUUCCUUGUGGCGGUCCAUGAGCUUGGUCAUGCUUUGGGACUGGAGCAUUCUAAUGACCCUACGGCUAUAAUGGCUCCAUUCUAUCAGUAUAUGGACACUGAGAGCUUCAAACUGCCUCAUGAUGAUCUACAGGGCAUCCAGAAAAUAUAUGGUCCUCCAGACAAAAAUCCUCAGCCUACAAGACUGCUUACGACCGCUACGCCUCCUCGCCUGCACCUACCAACUGACCCCCGAAAGCAUGACCGACAAGGUCGCCCUCAUCGCCCUCCGCAGAAAUCAAAACCAGCCCACCCCAACUCCAAACCCAACAUCUGUGACGGAGGUUUCAACACUUUGGCAAUCCUACGACAGGAGCUGUUCGUCUUCAAGGAUCAGUGGUUCUGGAGGGUGCGAGAUAAUUCUGUGGUGCCUGGAUACCCGAUGCAAAUUAGCUACUUCUGGAGAGGUCUGCCUCCCAAGAUCGAUGCUGUCUACGAAAACAGCGAGGGGAAGUUUGUCUUCUUCAAAGGCAACCGGUUCUGGGUGUUUAAGGAUACAACUCUACAGCCCACAUAUCCUCAGGACAUUUCUCUUUUUGGCAGUGGAAUGCCCACACAGAGCAUUGAAACAGCUGUUUGGUGGGAAGACGUGGCCAAAACCUACUUCUUCAAAGGGGACAGAUACUGGAGGUACAAUGAGGAUAUGAGAACCAUGGACCCUGGAUAUCCAAAACCUAUUACUGUGUGGAAAGGCAUCCCAGACUCUCCACAGGGAGCCUUUGUGGACAAAGAAAAUGGAUUCACAUACUUCUACAAAGGGAAGGAGUAUUGGAAGUUCAACAACCAGAGGCUGAGAGUGGAGCCAGGCUACCCAAGGUCUAUCCUGCGUGAUUUUAUGGGCUGCGACGGCUUACCUGCUGACCCCGACUGGGACUGGAGCCCUCCACAGGAAGAAGAACCGCCACAAUAUGACAAUGAUGAUGUUGAUAUCGUACUCAAGCUGGAGAGCAGCGGUGGAGCAGAGAAAGCGGUGGCCAUCGCCAUCCCCUGCGUCCUGGCCCUAUGCAUGAUGGUGCUGCUUUACACCGUGUUCCGCUUCAAGAGGAAGGAUACGCAGCGCCACAUACUGUACUGCAAGCGAUCCAUGCAGGAGUGGGUCUGAGAAUUAAAGGUCCCACUCCUUCUGCUAAAACUAUUUUCAUCUUAAAAUCCCUUCAAAGGUCAAAAAUUGGCUCAUCUUCCAAGGCGCUGACUUUAUGUCAGUGGUGGUUGGCAGAAACAAAGGACGACAUAAACGAACAGCAUGCCAACUUCCUGUUCCCAUUGUCAGCUUUCGUAGAUGGCAAUGUGUCGUUUUUGUAUGGUUUUGGAACUCUGUGUGGCUUUGGCGGCCAUUUUGGUUCCUAGAGUCCAAUGUGGGAGUAAACUGUUACUCUACAAACCAUAAUUAUGAACUUUUCAAUUGAUUUGAGAAUUAUUUAUCAUCGGACUGCUGAUCUAGAUACUCCAUAAAGGUUGAACUCACCUGUGUCACUCCGAAAUACAUGCUUGUGUUGAAAAAACUGAUACCCAAACCAAAUAUGCCCUUAGUGUCCAAAGAGGAUUGCUUCAUUCACAUGGGAUAUUCUGAGAUGACUGGCUUAUCGAUCAUUAUUUGAGUUCCAUUUGGCUGCAUUCAUCUGCAGAAUAUAUGGGAUCUAUCUGCUUGGAAAUCAGAAGGACCUUGACAUAUAACAUCGGGGCUACAUGCAAUAUUUCGUCGAAUGCCUUAAUCACAUAUUGAGUUUAUUUUUCUGUGUGUUAGUGUACAUGUGCCUGUGUGAAUGUGACCCCUUUCCAUUAAUUCCUUUGCUUAUCACUGUUCUUUUGAUGCACUACUGACUGACGGAGACUUGCAGUAAGAUUUGAAGUGCCGCUGACUGUUUAAAUGCCUAAAUGAAAACAAGUGUAUGGCUGCUGUCCAUGUUCUGUGCUGCUGCGUUUUUAAAGACUCUGCAGCUGCAGCACAGAACAUUAGACUUUUGGUUAAGUGCUUCCAGUCAAUUCAUAGGGAAUUUAUUAAACUGAAAAAUGCCGUUUAGCAGAAAUACCUAAUGAACCUUCUUUGAGAAUCAGAUUAUCAACCAUAAAAAAAUAACAUGAAAAUGUUAAAGUUAUAUAUAAAAACACUUACAUUAGCAAAGUUUUCAAUGCAAUAUGUCGGCUAGAUUUGCAUUUCCUGAACAAAAUACUUGUGCUUGCAAGGCAGCAAGUGAACUGUGGUAAAGUUUUGGUGAAAUUCAGCUUUUGAGCUUUGGUUCGGUGAGUGAAGCUGCAUCAUCAGCACCACUCAUGCAUCUUCUGUUGACCGUGUUCGAAAACCAACCAAUAAUAUAAGAGUCUUUGAGGUGUAAAGCCAAUAUUGACACGAAAACUGCAUUGCCAUAUUCCAUUCAUCAUUGUGCAUGAACACAGUUGAUCGAGUAAGUUUCAUCUUUGUUCAGUGUCUCUGCAACUUUACUUCACAAUUUACUACCAAAUUAUAUGUAAUAUCCAAUGAAUUUAACCUACACUGAAACGUUUGCUUUAAAAUAACACAAUUUUGAGGCAUGUGAGUUUCUGAACAUGAAUGAGCAUCAAAUACUGCUCUGAAGUGGUCAAGACCCCAAGAGUGGGCAUUGGAACAGACCCAUGGUUAGAAAAAUCGAUUGUACGCAUACCCUAGUGUAUGCAUAAAAUCAAAAGCAUACAUUGAGCUUAACGAUAAUGUAUCCAUAUUUAAUUUGACACAAUUCAAAAAGAUGCAUUGAGGCAUAAAAAUACAAUUUGUUCCAAGGGUUGUACCUCACUGUCAAUAUUUCAGUUGUCAAAACAUAGAAAAUAUGGUAACACUUUAUUUUAAAGUGUCCUUGUUGCACGUCACAUGUAAUUGCUAUUAUAGUAGCAAUUAAUUAUGCAUAAUUACAUGCAAGUAACCCUAAGACAAACCCUAAUCCUAACCCUCACCACAUAGUAAGUACAUAUAGUUAAUUAAUAUUACUCAGUACUUAAAUGUGUAAUUACACUGUAACAAGGACACCUUAAAAUAAAGUGUAACCGAAAUUAUUUUUUUCCAAAAUAUUUCCACUGGAAAGAAAACUUUAAAAUUGUACAUCCUAUUGCACGUCUAUCUUUCACAGCAUUUUUUAAAUUUUUUUAUAUUUGGGUCAAAUUAAAUAUGCCUUUCAUCCUAAUGAAGGUAAAUUAUAAAGAAGAUUAUAGAAAAGAACAGGCCAAUCAGGAUGCAUACUAAUGCAGAAAGUUGACCAAUCCAUAUAAAAUAAAGACAUUUUUACGUGAAAUAAAUAAAUUGACAAAAAAAUAAAUAAAUAAAUCUGAUUUGAGUCUAAACUAUUUUAUAGUUUUACUUAAACAUUAUCCUGUAGCUAAGAAAACAGUUCAUUAUAAUGUACAAUUAAAAUUACAAACAUAGUCACAUUAAGACUGAAAUCCCCUGAGGUCAUCAUAGUCGAUAACCGAGAUGCAUGAUGGGACUAGUUGUGUUUAUAUGAAAUGAGAAAGAGUAUCCCCGGUGUGAUAAGAGAGACAUGAAAGUAGCGCCAUUUACAGUUAUCCAGAUGAGUGGUCUGAUAUACAGCAAUUGCCGUAGAUGGUGAAUUUUAGGAAACAUCGGACGCUUAAUGCUGUGAUUUACUAGUCAGAGAGGAAGUACAAAAAGAGAAGUUUUAUUACAGCGCUGCCUUGCAAACACCCAAAGUUUACUUGAUAAAGUCCAAGCUUGAAUGGCUCAGUUACUCUUUUCAGUGGCUUACUCAUUUCAGGCACAGGUUUGGGUAAAAUAGCAUUUGUUGCACAGCUAAAGGGAACUAAGAUACUGUAUACUCCUACUGCUAUCGGAGAACUAGAUUCACUGCUUAUUUCUGCUUUCCAUGUAAAAAAUAUUUGUUAGCAUGAUCAUUCUCAGAGUGUAUCCACCACUAAACACAUCAAAUGUUGCUGUUUGAUAUUCCUUUUGAGUGUUUCUUGGAAGUGGAGUGAUGUAUAUUGUCAUAUGCUUUGUUUUAUCCUUCGUUUUAUGAACUGAUCUAUAAUGGACUAUGGUGUUUCUCGCCAUGCCAUCAGCAUCAGCCUUCCAGUUGCACAAUCAUGAGAAGUGCACAUGAAUUUCCAUGCGUGAAGUGUUGUUUUCAUUAUAAACAGAAAAUAUCUUGAGAAAAUGCCCCGUUCCACCUUUGAGGUCACUGAGUAUUGGAUGUGUAUCUGAACAUGCUGUAUAUAUAUCUCAUGUAGUGUCUUUAUUACGGAUACGAAAGGCACAUUAUGCAGUACAUCAAUAAUAAGAAAUUAUCUAUUAUCGGAUGUGGCGUGUGAAUCAUUCUUGUGAACUCUAAUGAAGAAGUUAACAAAAUGUACAAGGCAACCAUAAGACAUUAACAUGUAAUUUAUCCCUGAGAUUCACGAAAGGUUGUUUGGAUGAUAUAAUAAAACAGUUAUAUA